GUAAGAGACAAGCAACACGGGCAGAUAUAGCGACGCACACAGGGAGAAGGCGGGCUUCGCGCAGAGGAUGAGCGAGGGAACGCGUCUGCUCCGGGAGCCUCCUGCGUGAUCUGAGGGGGAAGCCUUGGAAGCUCUUCCAGCCAUCAUCAGACCCCAGAAAAUGGACUUUGAGGACUUUGGGCGGCCGGCGGGAGCGGCAAACGCCUCCGAAGGCUACCAGCUGAACCCGACCAGCGUGAUCGUGUCGGUGGUCUUCUCCCUCAUCUUCCUGCUGGGCACCGUCGGCAACAGCCUGGUGCUGGCCGUGCUGCUGCGGAGCGGCCAGGUGGGAUACAACACGACCAACCUGUUCAUACUCAACCUGAGCGUGGCCGACUUCUCCUUCAUCAUCUUCUGCGUUCCUUUCCAAGCCACCAUCUACUCCCUGGAGGGCUGGGUGUUCGGCUCCUUCAUGUGCAAAGUGGUGCACUUCUUCAUCAACCUCACCAUGUACGCCAGCAGCUUCACGCUGGCCGCGGUCUCCGUCGACAGGUACCUGGCCAUCCGCUACCCGCUGCGCUCCCGGGAGCUGCGGACUCCGUGCAACGCCGUGGUCGCCAUGGUGAUCAUCUGGGGCCUCUCCCUGGUCUUUGCCGGCCCGUACCUCAGCUACUACGACCUGUUCGACUACGCCAACAGCACCGUGUGCAUCCCCGGCUGGGAGGAGCAGAACCGCAAGGUGCUGGACACGUGCACCUUCCUGUUCGGCUACGUCGCGCCCGUGCUGAUCGUCAGCCUCUCGUACACCCGCACCAUCAAGUACCUGUGGACGGCCGUCGACCCCCUGGACGGCAUGUCGGAGUCCAAGAGGGCCAAGCGCAAGGUCACCAAGAUGAUCAUCAUCGUCACGGUGCUGUUCUGCAUCUGCUGGCUGCCGUACCACGUGGUGAUCCUGUGCUACCUGUACGGGGACUUCCCCUUCAACCAGACCACGUACGCCUUCAGGAUUCUGUCGCACUGCAUGGCCUACGCCAACUCCUGCGUCAACCCCAUCGUGUACGCCCUGGUGUCCAAGCACUUCCGCAAAGGCUUCAAGAAAGUGUUCAGCUGCAUCCUCAGCAAAAAGGGGAGGAACAAGGUCCACGUGGUCCACGUGGCCAACACCGCGCCCGGUUUCGAAGCGGGCUCCACGGAGGUGUCGCAGAUGAACGAGGAGCACGCGCGGCAGAACGAGUGCGAAAUGACGAACCGGCGGAUCGGAGAGCCGCGGGAGGCCACGGUGGCGCUGGACUCGCCCUUCCAGAGGGCGACCUGACGAGGGGCUUCCGGCGGAAAAAAAGGGAGGCGAGAUGAAGCGAGAGACGUAUUCACGCAGACGAGUUCAGUCAGUAGUGCACAGAGUCCACGGCCGAAACGCCAUCUGUCAAAUACUCUCUCGCAUGCCUUCCCACCAGCAGAUGAACGUCUCCGUUUCCACCGUUUGCCUUAACUCUGGCCCCCGAAGGCCUGGAGUGCGUUCAGGAGGUCCGGUGUGCAGGGUGACCUCCUCCAGCAGUGGCGCUCCAGCCGGACACCUUCGGCAACUCUGCCCCCUCCCUCCCCCCUGUAAGUGCGUGGCGCCAACGCCGAUAUUCGCGCAACUCAAGGGGAGCUUCUCCGGUGGGCCGAGGGAACGAAAAGGUCUGCAGGCAUUUUGAUGGCCUUUCCACAAAUGGAGCGUCACUGCAUUUUCCAUUCUCUCCCUCUGGAAGACGACGCAACGCAACGCUUUUUUUCAGCUUUCGAGAAUUAUUAUUUUUUCUCUCCUGAUGGACCUCACACAGGUUGAGAUACAGAUUGAGGGUCAUAAAGUCUGAAGAAAAGGCAUUCUUCUCCUCAGUGACACUGCGGUAUUUACAAAACCGUGUUCACCUUUUACGGCCCAUUGCGGUAUUUUACCGGUCUUUUCCUCACACAGAAGCUUUCAGUCUGACCGGGACUAGUUUUUAAAGCUCUUGUCUCUCUCAUUAAGUUUUGGAGCGGAUCUUUGCUCCGUUUCUUUUGGAUCUUGCAUGCAGAUGCUGUUCUGUCUCGUCAAGAUGUUACUGCUAUAUUUGAAUGAAAUGCUUUGAUAAAACAAAUGCUAUUAUGAAAUUGUGUGCAAACAUAAUGGUCAGCUAUAUUUUAUUGUCAGCAUUCAAGAAUCAGACAAAAAGUAUAUUAAUUUUUGAUUAAAAAAAAAUGGAACUGGACACAUUUUCUUGCUUAACUUGGCUUUUGCAAUGAUUGUAAUCAUGGCAUGUUUCUCAAUGUUGUGAAAUAUUAUCUACAUUUAAAUUGCUAGGUUUAUCAAAGAGUGCACUGAAGCAAAUUUAGGGUCGUGUCUCUAAAAGUGUGUUUUGUGUAUUGAAAAGCUUACUCCCAUGCUUUGUUUCGUUUCUCCCUCCCAAUGGAAGCAGAGCCUCUCUCUCUCUGCCAGCGUGUGUCCUACGUCAAAACCUCCUGCUCCUUCAUCCUUCUGCUGAUUGCUUAAAACACAAUUUUUCCUCUUGAGAAACUCAUUCCCAGACAGAAUGUCCUCCUUUGCACUGACCGCUUAUUGUGAGAUUGUUUCUGUGAUUUUGCCAGUUUAAACUAUCUAUUUCCUGACUUUUCACACAUAACAACCCGUACAUGGUAAGAAUAUAAAUAGAUAUUUCUCAAAAUGCGUUGGAACACAAUGUAUUAUACACUUACAUGACCAAAUAAAAUAUUUUCUUCUGUGAA